GCCGCAGGGGGCGCUGCGUCCGGCUUCGGCCGCGCAGGGAAAAAAACCCCCAAACACCUCCUUUCGCUACGCAUGCGCUCUCGCUCGCUCUCGCUCUCUUUCCCCCAACUCCGGUCGCGCAAGGAAAGCGUCUUCCCCACCCCUUUCUCCCUCCCACCCUCCCUCGAAAGCCCCGGCUCUGCGCAUGCGCGCCCCUCGCUGCUCACUGCUGGCCGCUCGCUCGACGCCUCCGCAACCGGGUGAACGUUGCUCUUCCAGCCAGUCCGACAGUUACCCUCAAGCGAGAGAUGAUGGAAGGAACCUCUCUGCCUCAGCUCUUCCUUUGUGGCAAGCCAGUUGUGUAAAAGAACGCACUUGUGGCAUGGGACAGUGAGAACGUUGAACACAGCCCCAGGAGCCAUUCGGCUGAGCACAGCCAGUUCUUGGUCUUACCUUCCAGCUCGUGUGGCUUGCACCUCUCUACUCAAGAAUUCCCAGAUUGGAAGAUGGAGUCCCGCCAGCCAGUCCCUCUUCUCCCUGAGCAGACCUUUGACCGGGAGGUCAAGCAAAACAUGGCUGAGCUUUCUCUCUGGACCGUCGUGGCUGCCAUCCAAGCAGUGGAGAGGAAAGUUGACGCUCAUGCCAGCCGGUUGCUGAAUCUGGAGCGCCGCGUGAUGACCAACGAAAAGAAAUACGUGGAUUGUGAGAACGCCGUGGUGGACUUCGGUAACCAGAUGGAGUGCAAAUUGACCGCUCUGGGCACCUUGAUCCAGGAAUAUGGGCUGCUCCAGAGGAGGCUGGAGAACAUGGAGAACCUCUUGAAGAACCAGAACUUCUGGAUCCUCAGACUUCCCCCAGGAUCCAAGGGAGAAACGCCCAAGGUGCCCAUGACUUUUGAAGACAACACUGUCUAUUUCUCGGAGCAGGAGUGGGGCAACCUGGAGGAAUGGCAGAAGGAACUCUACAAGAACGUGAUGAAGAGUAACUACGAGUCACUGGUCUCCUUGGACUAUGCCAUCGCUAAACCGGAUCUCCUGUCCCGGAUCGAACAAGGGGAACGUCCCUGUGCUGAAGAAGAGGAGGCAGCCACGAUAGACAGGGUGAUACCUUCAGAACCCAGCCCAGAAAUCCUGGUUUUUAGACCCUGUCUCUCCUCCCCAGUGGAAGAAGGGGGUCACGCACAAGGAGGUCGAGAAGGGGAACAUGGGGAAGGACGGAGGGUCCCACAAGCCUCCGGCAUUGAUGACGAAGUCGCUCAGACAUCCUUCAGAUCCCAAGGGAAGCGAGAUUUGGAUCGGAACGUGGAGGCCCCAGAGCUCUCGGACAAAGGCGAGAUGCAUGUCCCGCCGAGCAUGGAUGACGGGCUGGCCUUCAAAGCCGAGGUGCUCCAAGCUCAGCGAGCGUUGUGCGAAAGCUUGGGGCUCAAGUGCACGGAUGAGACGCUCCUCCACGCUCACCCCCAAGCAGCCUCCAUCGGCAGCCGGUACUUUGUACAACAGCGAAGACACGCUGAGAAUCCUGGACAGGAAGAAGAGGCCUUGACUGGAGAAGGUGGCUUCGGUGGUCCUGAUGCCCUGAUGGACUCGCGUGACCGCCCAGAGGACAAAAUGUUCGCUUGCCCAGACUGCGGGAAACGUUUCCGCCUUUACAAGAGCCUCAUGUGCCACCAGAAAAGCCACACCGCUGCACCGGCGUCCUGUGAAAAGAGCUUCACCUACAAGCAGCAGUUCACACUCCACCAGCACAUCCACACUGGGGGUGGAGGGUACACCUCGGUGGCCUGCGAAGAGACCUUCAAGCAAAGCCAUAAUUUGAAGCCCCUUCCUCGGGGGCCAGGAGCAGACAAGCCGUAUGGUGGCGCCAAGUGUGUGAAGACCUUCAAUGUCAAGUCAUCCUAUCGGCAGCACCCCAAGAGCCACGGGCGUGAACGGCCGUACCGCUGCAGCCGGUGCCCGGAGAGUUUCUCCCAAAAGAAGAGCCUUGUCACGCACCAGCGGCUGCACUCCGGGCGCGGUGGAAGCUCCCUGGCCUGCCUUUACUGCGGCAAGAACUUUAGCCACCCCUCGGACCUGGUCCGGCACCAGCGAAUCCACACUGGAGAGAGGCCCUACCGUUGUGAUGAGUGUGAUAAAAGCUUCACCCAGAAGCAACAUCUUCUCCAGCACCAGAAAAUCCACCUGCGUGAGCAGAACAGGCUGAUGGGUACGGCUGUCCGGGAAGCCCUGCUGGAUGCCAUCUUCAUUUACCCGGAGUUCAGAUUCCCGGAGACGUUAGCACUCCGUUGUAGUGAGGACAUUUUUUUUACUGCAGAAUUUUGGAGUUUUGUCAAAUCCCUUGACAUCAAAUCUCAGCAAAGGAUUGUCGAUGAUCCCCAGCAUGGUUUCUCAAGAACUUCCCUCACGACAAAUCGCAUCUUAAUCAAAACGGAGCCAGAGGACGACUCUGCAGCCCACGAGACCUGGAUGAUGGCGGGAGAGACAUUUGUGGAAAGAAUUAUAAAGAAAGAAGAGGACUUCGAUUCCUGUAUGUGGCCGAGGGACUCUCCAGGAGAGACGGCCGACUUCAGUGCCAACGAGGGCAGUCCGGCCGAAGAAGCAGCCGCCAAUGUCCGCUGGCAGUGUCAGAUUGGCCACCAAGAGCUCCCGCAAAGUUACAGAAGCCUCACCCCUUCAAGGCGAAAUCUCUCCUCACCACUUGUGAACGGGAGCCCUCUGAUGCCCCCUCAAGAGACGGGACAGCCAUCAGCCGGACUGCCAGGAGAGGAGCUGUGGGCUUGUCCUCUGUGCCACCAACGCUUCCGGCUCCACGGCCACCUACUGCUCCAUCAGAACACCCACCGGGAAGCACCUGCCGAGCCCGUCCCUAAGGAUUCCCUGAGCUGCCCCUACUGUCCCCGGCGUUUUGGGCGCUCAGAUCACCUGCUACGUCACCAGAUGAGCCAUACGGGCGCCCGGCCUCACCAAUGCCCAGCAUGCGAGAAGAGCUUCACGGACAAAAGCAAGCUGACCAAUCACUUUCGGACCCACACAGGAGAACGCCCCUUCCACUGCACAGAUUGUGGGAAGCACUUCGUCCGGCGGCAUCACCUGGCCAAACACCAGCGCACCCACACACGGGAGCGGCCCCACCAGUGCCCGCUCUGCCCGAAGAGUUUCAUGCAGAAGCACCACCUGCAGAAGCACCUCCGCACCCACACAGGAGAGAAGCCCUACAAGUGUGGCCUGUGCCCCAAGGCUUUCGCCUGCAAGCAGCGCCUUCUGCAGCACAGCUGCGCCUUGCCUCCGCUGCUUUGCGCAAACCCGAAAAGCGAACUACGGGUGCAAGCGAGCCUCAGGGUUGGCCUCCCUUCUGCCUUGAGAGACUUCAAACCGGCGUGGGAUGGGGAAAUGAAGGUCAGGAACUCGGAAACAUCUGCUGGAUCUGCCAUGUCUGCAGGAGAAGCCCAGGAGGCCGCAAUGGAUCCCCCCAAUGCCCAAUUGCUCCAUCUGGAGCAGAGGAUGGUGGCGGCCGAGCAGAAGUGGAUGGGCUGCGAGAAAGCCGUGAUGGAAAUGGGGAGCCAGCUGGAGAGCAAAUUGGCCGUAUUGGGGACCAUCUUGGAGGAAAACAGCCUGUUGCAGCGGAGGUUGGAGAACCUUGAGAGCCUGAUGAAGAACCGGAACUUCUGGAUCUUGCGAUUUCCUCCAGGAUUUAAAGGAGAAGUCCCUAAGGUGCCCUUGAACUUCAGUGAUGCUUCGGUCCAUUUCAAUGAGCAGGAAUGGAGGAACCUAGAAGAGUGGCAGAGAGAGCUUUAUAGAACUGUCAUGAGGAGCAACUAUGACAUGCUGGUCUCAUUGGAUCAUGCCAUUUCCAAGCCUGAUAUCCUAUCCCAGAUGGACCAAGGGGAGGAAGUGCACAUGGAGGAGUCAGAAGUCUUGGAGAAUAGGGAAAUGCCUAAAGAUCCCAGCUGCACAGCUUCCCCGGUUGAUGUGGCAGAGGUUUCUUCUGGAGAUGGAGAGGCCGAGGAAGAAACUAACCUGUUUGUUGAUGUAGCAGAUGCUUCUUCUGGGGAUGGAGAGGCUGAGGAAGAAACAAACCUGUUUGUUGAUGUAGCAGAUGCUUCCUCUGGUGAUGGAGAAGCGGAGGAAGAAAGUAGUUUGUUUGUUGAUCAAGAGAAUUGCUAUGAAAUGAGUUUCAUUGAUAGCGCUGGCCUUGAAUAUCAGAUUGUUCGUCAUAAUAUCAAGGAAGAAAAAGAAGAACUGCAUAUUAAGGAGGAACCAUGGUCUCCUGGAAGCCCCAGCAGUGAUGAAUAUCCACCUGUUGCAGUCACCAUUAAACAAGAAGAGGAGUUGUGUGUCGAGGAUCAGGAGGGUUUGGCUUCACUUGACAAGAUGAGUGCAAAAAGAAAGAGUUAUUCCGUCGAGUUCAAGAAAGGAAUCGUGGAAGACUCUUGGGGCAGGAAUCUUACGGCUUUCUGCAAUGAGAAGAAGUUGGAUCUCCGAAUGGUCCGAAAAUGGCGAGCAGAAUACAAUAACCUCAGUCAACAGUUGGACAAAGGAAAUGCUAAGAAGCGCAAGUGUGGAUCAGGUCGGCAGCCAUUAUUUCCUGAACUGGAAGAUAUCAUCUAUGAAUGGGUUGCUGACAGGAGAGCAAAGGCUUUGGUUGUGCAUAGAGCUGAUAUUCAAGCAUUUGCCCUUGUAAUGGCACCACAGUUAGAAAUAUCUCCAGAAGAAUUUAAAGCAUCACCACGCUGGCUCAAUGACUUCCUUCAGCGAUAUGAACUGUCUCUAAGAUCGACAACACUGUUCAGGCUGGAAGAUACUGAACUUAUUAAACGUGCACUUGCAUUCAAGUCCUUUGUUGAUGGCAUUGAUUUUUCUAAAUAUCAACUCUCCAACAUGAUUGCUAUGGAUGAAACUGCAGUGAUUAUGGGCCAAGGAUCUCAAACGACAAUUGAUCAGAGGGGUGCCUCAUCAAUCUACAUUCCCUCCACUGGUUACGAAAGUGCACGUGUUACCUGUAUUUUGGCAAUUUGUCUGAAUGGAAAGAAAGCACCACCUCUAAUCAUCACUAAGGGGAAGAGAAAUAAGAUUGAACAUGUUUCAGGCAUUUAUGUUCUUGAAACUGAAAAAGCCUGGUGCACACAAGCAGUUAUAAGGAAGUGGGUCGAUUUAAUGCUGCCACUUGUUUUGCGAGAUGGCCAAAGAGGUCUGCUAGUCUGGGAUUCAGCCAGCACUCAUCGCGCUAAAGACAUGAAAAACUUCCUUGCAGAGAGAAGAAUAGAUCAAAUAAUGAUUCCCGCAGGAAUGACUGCUUAUCUCCAGACUCUUGAGAUUGCAAUAAACAAGCCAUUCAAGGACCAUUUGCACAUGGAAAUCAAUGAAUACAUUGAAAAUAGAAUGGAAAGAAAUCAGUGUGGAAACUUUGUGAAGCCUAGCCUGCCAGAGAUUGUGACUUGGGUGAAGAAUUCCUGGGAUAAAAUCACUGACAGCUGUGUUGCCAAUGCACUACGAGCAGGCUAUAUGGACAAGAAGUGCUCAUUUAAGGAGAGCUCUAUUGCUGGACAUGAAAGAUUGGGGCCAAUAGUUCUACAGGAAAUGGAGUCACAAGAAAUUCAGGCUGGAAUUCGAGGUUUGGAGAGUUAUGACGAUGUUCCAGAAGAAGAUGACAUGACUGUAUUUGAAUCUGGGCACCCAGUGCUACUACAAUCCGUUGAAGAAGAAGAGGGACAGAAGACUCCAACAUCCUUGGUGGCCUGUAGGAAUGCUCUUCUUCAUGAUGCCACAGAUGACCCUGAGCAGAAAGAAGCAUAUGCAAAAGGAUGCCUUGUUCAGUGUGGCAGAUGCACGAAGAACUCUGCGCACCAGGAGACUUUGACUGAUCACCAGUAUAGCCGUAAACGAAAAUUCCAGUGCACAGAAUGCAACAGGAGUUUUGCUUUUGAGGGACAGCUGUCCCAACACUUGCUAAUACAUGUACCUGGGACACAGUUCCAUUGUACUGAAUGUAAUUUGUGUUUUUCGAGCCAAAAGGCGCUUACUGUGCAUGAGCGUGUUCAUGCAGUGGAUUGGCCGCUGCACUGUUCUGCAUGCAACAGGACAUUUUUGGACACAGCAGCAUUUGACCAACACCAGCUAUCUCAUGCUCCAGGCCAGGUUUGCCGGUGUGUGGAGUGCAGUGUUUACUUUACCGAUCCAGCAGCUUUGGCAGAACACAAACGAAUGCACUCAGAAGACUGGCCUUUCCGGUGUGCUCAGUGUGACCGAACUUUUGUCCAUGAGGGCUUAUUGUUGGAACACCUUCAGAAUCAUAGCCGGACAAGGAGUCGCCGCUGCCAUAUCUGUGGCUCAUGGCUAUCCUACAAGGGAUUGCUGAAGCAUACUGGGGCCCAGUUGUAUCACUGCAAGAAGUGUAAUACUUCUUGCCAGGUUCAGGGGUCUGACUCAGUGACUAUGAGUGUUAAAAAUACAAAGAAGCCAGGCAAAGCUAGUUCUUAGCCCUCAGGCUGUAUCCCGAGUCAGAUGCAAAGAUUAUUUUUGGUGAUAGCAUGGAAGUCUUCCUAAUUCUCGAGGAUUAGGCAACAUUGGAUUGGUCCAGAAAGGAUGUUGUUGCUGUGGAAUAAGACCUCCUGUUCCUAUUAGCAAUUAGUGCUUCUUUAAUUUCUUACCUGCAGUCUCCUAAUCUCUAUUCCCUCAGUACAUCCAGAUUUGAUUUUUCUUGUGAUCAGGUGGGCAGUUUUCUUCUUUUGACAUUGAAUAAGUGUCGGAAAUUGCAAUCUCUUGCAUUGUGUGAGGGCUGCUUUGCUAUCUGUAAAAUAGGUUUGCUUCUUAGGCAUGCAUAGGAGAGGAGCUUGUGGCAAUUGGAUUGCUAUUUUUACCAUCCACUUAUCCAAAUCACUUUUUCAUUUUCAUUCUCAAGUCCCUCUCUGUAGAGAAUUCUUAUCACUUAUCUGUCUGGACUUUCUCAUGAUAGAUACAUACCAUAGAUACCAUAGUCACUGUAAAAAGAAUAUUCAGAAAAGUUUCACAAUGGUCAGGCAGUAAAUGGUUGAAAAAUAAACUGCAAGCUAAAUCUGGAUAUAUAAUCUCUGAAAUAUUUUCUGAUUUCGCUAUUGCACAUUUAUACUCAGUAUUCUUCCUAUGCUAUGUUUCAGCUUUACUUGGUCUGAGCUUUUCCAUGUGUUAGACAACAGCAAAAUGGGCUGGAUGUAUGUGAUGUAAUCCAACAUAUCCUGAGGAUUUCAGGUUGCAGAAGGUGGCUUUAUUUUUUUACUCCACAUCAGGAAGAAUAUAUUAGUGUUUUCACUUCUGGAGUUGCUAUAUAUAUAUUUUUUCCUGAAGCAGUCACUAAGAGGUUUCAAUGCGUUGUAUGCUAAAAGAUUAUCCUGUGUGCUCAUGAUUUCCCAUGAUUUCCUUUGCUCUUAAUUCAUUAAUUUUCCUAAAGGCUGUUCCUCAUUUGAGAAAUAUCCCAAACCAUACUUUUUCCAGGUUGAUUGAUUCGAUUGAAGAAGCUGCUUUAUAAUAAGGAGGAAAUCAGUCAACUUGCCUCCAUCAAGUACUUCAUCGCUUUUGUGAGUGUUUUUAAUAUUUGCUUCGUCAUUAAAUGGUUACUUCCGUCCAAAAUAUUGGAUUUGGAUUUUGUGGUAUUUUUACAUAUCUUCCUAAUUUAGAACUUUAUUUUUAGUCCUAUGGCCUGUUCAAGAUGCUAAACUUACUGGCUUCAAAUUCUGUUGGGGUUCUGCCAAUAAAAUCUUAGCAGAGUUUGUAUUAUCAACUGCUGUAGUCUCUGCUGGGUAUCAGCAAUGCUGGCAGAUUAGUCCCUUCUGAGAUUUUUGUGGUUUUUUGUUUUGUUUUUUAAUUUUGUCGGGUGAUGGACAUAUUAUCCCCAAGCAUGUUUAAACUCAGUUAUUGAUGAUUGGCCCACUACAUCUGCUGGUAAUCGGUUCCGAGCUUCCACUAUUUCUCUGGAUUAAUUCUUUCUAACAUUAUUUUUGAACUUCCCUCCUGUAUGCCCUUGUGUUCUUGGUUUUUACUUAAUAUUGUAUCCCCUUUCUCUUUUGUCUUCCAGGCUGUACUAGUUUUUUUGUCCCUCAGACCCUGCAACAUUUUUCUUUUGUUACAGUGGCAUUCUAAAGUGGCCACGUGCUAACAAGAUGUUUCAGAAUAAAAAUUCUUUUAUUCUUC